AUGAGUGCAAACCAUGAAACAGUUAGUAGACAAGCUAUUGGUCGACAAGGAUUUAUUGGAAGUUUAUAUGAUAUUCGUAGUGAUCGUUUCGAAGGCUGCAAUCUAUUUAGUCGAGAAUUACCAUCAUCAUACAUAUCAACAACGGAUUGUCCUCAUACAAGUUAUAUUGUUGAUGAAAAUGAAUCUCAAAAAGAUACAUUUAAUAAACUUCAUAUUGAUGCAUCGAUGAAAAUUAGUCUCAUGGCUGGUCUACUUGAUGUUGAAGGUUCAGCUAAAUAUUUAAAUCGAACAAAAACGGAUAGUCGAACAGUUCGAGUGACACAUAUUCUUCAUAUGAAAACAAAAAAACAACAUCUACAUAUAAGUAUGGCUGAUUUAUGUGAUUAUCUAUCAUCAGAUGCAUUAGAAAAUCCAAAUGCAACACAUUGUGUUAUUGGAAUAACUUGGGGUGCGAAUGUUGCAGCAACAUUUGAAGAAACAUUGGAUACAACAGAAGCAGCUGAAGAAAUUCAAGGUGAAUUAUCAACAUAUUUAAAGAAGCCAACGAUGAGUAUUAGCGGUGACGCAAAACUAGAACAUAACGAUGAAACAAAUUCAAAAUUUCGUUCGUUAAAAAUAAGUUUUUCUGGUGAUGUUUUAAUUAGAGAUGUUCCACAUACUGUUGAGGAUGUUUUUAAUAUAUUUCGAAAAGUGCCAUCAGAAUUAGAAAAAUUAAAUGAUGGAAAAGGACAACAACUUGAAUUUGAAUUAUAUCCAUUGAAACGAAUGGCUGAAAUUUUCAAACAGAAACUAUCCAUCGAACGCAUUAUAAAAGAUGUUACAAUGCAUAUUAUGAAUCGUCUUGAAGAUAUCUUUGAACAAAUAAUUCAAAGUAAAAGAAUGAUUAAUGAUUCUGUUGAUAAUGUUAAGCCAUGGAAAGAUUGUAUACCAUUGAAUUGGAUUGGAGAUAUAGUUAAUAAACAAAUCGAAUUAAAAAGAAUCGAAACAGAUACCAAACGUGAAUUAGCUUUCUUACUUGAACAAAUACGUCGAGGUGAAAUUGAUGAAAAGAAAAUGAUGGAAUUAUUAAAUGAUUUUGAUGCAAAUAAUCCAUGUUCGAUUCGAUCUGUUGAACAAUUUUUGAAAACAAAUUCACAACCUGAUAUUAAAAUUGAAUCAUUGAAUGAAAUUCGUCAAUCUUUAGAAAAUAGUGAAUCAAAAGGAUAUAAAUCAAGUUUUUUAUUUCCAAAAGCAACAUCAAUUCUUACGUUUGUUAGUCAACAUCAUGAUCAUGAUAUUUAUCUAUUACAUAUUUCGAAUCAAUGGAAACAAAAUGAUGUAGCAAAUUGUAGACAGAAUUGUUCUUUUCAUUUAGUCACAUUAACUCAAGAUCAAAUUCGAGCAAUUCGAGCAGAAAAUAAACUCACAACUAUAACAACCUCAGAUAUUGAAAAACAUCAUAAAAAUUUUAUUGCUAAGCAUCCUACUGGUGAAAUAAAUGAAGAAGAAUUCGCAGCUGAAUUUCAACAACUUUUCCCAAAUGGUGAAGUACGAUCGUACUGUAAUUAUGCGUUUAAACUACUCGAUAAAAAUAAAAGUGAUACACUUAGUUUCGAAGAAUUUAUGUCUGGUAUUGCAUUAACAUUAGCAGGUGAUACAGAGCAUCAACUCGCAGUCACUUUUGAUAUGUGUGCGACGCAUGGUCAAAACAAAGUUAGUAGAGAAGAUUUGAUUCAACUUCUCGAAGCUGUAGCAGAAUUAAAAGGUGGUCAUUCAAGUUCUGCAUCAUUAAGUGCGAAAACAAUUAUGAAAUUUGACAAAAGAGAAAAUAAUGAUACAAUAACAAAAGAAGAAUUCAUUUCUCAUCUGAAAGGAAAUUAUGACUUGUGCGCGGCCUUCUUACCAAUCGAAGUUACAAAUUUUAUAGAUAAAACAACAAAACCUAAAGAAGAUAAAAAACCUUUAACUUGUCUUGACGAUAAUGAUGGUAGAUUAAUUCAUGCUUUUCUUACUGAUUAUUAUAAUUCAAUAUCAAUAUUGAUGACACAUACGCAAAAUGUCGAAAAUGUAUUAAAACCUAAAAUGGAAGCUUUUUUCACAAGACUUGGUUGUCGUUCACAUGCUGAUGCACAGGAACGUGUACACAAUGUUACAUCAACAUAUCUUGAUGCGAUAUCGAUUUGGCGAACACAUCACGAGAACGUGUUUGUAGGAUUACAACCAUUAUUAAAAUCAGAAGUUUUAAAUAUUCGCAACACUUAUAAAACUGAAAACAACUGA